UAGAACAGCAAUUCAUAAUGGCGACUAAAUGCUAGCCGGCUAAAAUAAAACCGCCAUUCUCAAUAUUGCAAUAGUUUGCACCGUCAGAUGCAUGUUUCUGCCAGCACAUUCGGAGAGUUGAUAUAAAACAGAUUAUUUGACACAACUUGUUACUUCAGCUUUCUCACAAUGGAGGGUGAGAAAGGUCGAGGGAAGAAAUCCUCCCCAGAGAAAGAAACAAAAGAAAUCAACCUUCCAAAUGAUGGAGGAUCAAGUGCUAAGAGAAAACGAGUAGAUGUUGAACCAAAACGAGUAGAUGUUGAACCAAGAACCCCAUUGAAGAGACAAAGGGUUCCAGUGCAGAAGUUUCAGUCACCAGCUGAGGAGCUGAUUCCAAUGCCAUCAACAUCAAAACAGAAAGAUGUACAAGAACUCAUCCACAAAAAGGGAACUUUCCUUGGAGUCAGGGGUGAAGAAGGUUCAUUUUACCUCUGCAAGACACUUCAGAAUGUGUUUGACAACACCCGCAAGUUUCGCAUUCAGUGGCUUGACCUGUGCAACCCUCCAGACGUGUACAAGAUAGACUUCCCAGACUCUACAGACGCAGACUGCAUUCUCACCAAUGUCAAAAUGGAAAGACUGGAGAAAGACAUGUACAAAUUGCCCAUGAAGGAACAGACCAGGGUAGAGGAGAUUCUGCACAAGGCCUUGAAGAAAGAGAGGGGGGAGCCAGUGGAUGAUAUCAUCAUACAUGGCAUGUCUGGGUCUGAGGAGGAGGAGGGGGAGGAAGAGGAGCUGGAAGAAGAGGAGAAGGAGGAAGAAUUGGAAGAAGAAACGCCCAAGAAGUCAAAAGGUCAGGCAAAGUCACGAAAGUCUGCUACACCAAAAAGUGCAAGUACCAAGCCAAAAACAUCAAAAGGUGGCAAGAAGACUCCAGCAAAGGACACUAAAGAAAAGCCUGAGAAGAAGAGGGGGCCUGAUAAGGACCUCAAACCCAAUCCUAAAAUCAAAGUGCUGGAAAAGGAACCCUUCCUGGAAACAAGGGAGAAUGUGGAGUUUGUUUCUAAGAAAGUGCAAGGCAAGCUGGCUAUACGGGCAGUGCUGCUGAAUGACAUGAAGCUCCUGAAGUCCCUUCUCACAGAUGGCGAGAAGGUGUACAAUCUGGAUGGUUUUCGCUCUGUUGAUGUUAAGAAGAAUGCACUUCAUUAUGCCAUUGAGAAGAACAACAAAGAAGCCAUAAAAAUUCUGGCAGAAGAUUUCUUUGGGGAUAAUGAGCGUAUAAAGAACUCUUCAAAACAGUCUGUUCUCAUCUCUAAAAGUGACACUGGAAAGUACAACCCCAUGUCUCUGGGGAUUGCCAGAGUGCGUCAGAUCUCACAGGCCAGAGGCAGCAAGGAAGGCAAUGAUGCCUUUGUUAAGGAAGAGGAAGACAUUGGCAUGGAUAGGGAAGACUAUGUUCAGGCCUCGCUCAGUUUACCUCUCACCAAGGAAGGAUUCCUAACACUCAUUGAUACCCAGCCAGAGUCCAAGGAUGAAAUGAUGCAGCGUGCAUUUGAGAAUAUCUACCAGGCAGUUCUGUGUGGUAACAGAAAACUUGCUGGGUUCCUCAUUGAAGAAGCAAUGAAUAUCUCAUCUAGUUUCGGAUUUCUACAUAAAGAUGUACUUCUGUUUGACAAGCAGGAUUUAAGAGCAAACAUAAUGGCAGCCUCAGUCAAGAAGAAACCAUGGGACAAUAAAUCUAUCACUCCACUCCAUUGUGCAGCCAUCAACCCUAAUGUGUCCUAUCUGUCUCGGCUGUUGAGUAUAGAGCCCAACAUCAAUCUGGAGGACAGAGACCACAGGCGGCCCAUUCACUUUUCAGCAGUCUGUGAAGGGGUGGGACCCCUGGAGUACCUCUUGCAAAGGGGUGCCAGUCCGCUUGAGCUGGACAAUCAGGGAAUGACACCACUGCAUUAUGCCUGCUUUGCUGGCAGACCCAGAAAUGUGGAUAUUCUUGUGAAGAAGUCCAAGGAAGUUGCAGCCAAGCAGGAUGAGUCACUGUUCUCUAAGUGGGGACCUGGAGGCGUGAACAGACCAACCCGCUACUCCUACUGCCCAGUGCAUUAUGCAGUCAUGUACAGUCAUGUGGAUGUUCUGAAGAUUCUCAUCAAGCAUCAGGUGGACGUGAACAAAUGUCUGUCAGCAGGGAAGAACAAGGUCACACCUCUCAUGAUGGCCGCCCAGCAGGGGAACAUGGAGAUCUGCAGGGUCCUUGUACAGAACGGAGCCUUCAUUGAUAUUCUUGAUAAACUGAAGAGGUCCGCUUUGACUCAUGCAGUGAUUAAUGGACACACUCAUGUGGCCUCGUACUUAUUGAAUCUCGGCGCCAACCCAAACUGUUCAGACUCCUCAGGCAACAAGGUUGUACACUACGCGGCGGCUUAUGGCUGGAUUUGCUGUCUGAAACUUCUCAAGGAGGCCGGGGCCAGCUUCAAUGUGGCUAAUGAUUGGCAGACAACUCCAAUCAGCAUUGCGUUCCUCAAAGGUCAUGUGGGUAUCGUGGAUUUCCUGCUCAGUCAACCUGGAGUUGACAUCAAUUUCAAGGAUGACGAAGGCCGUACCCUGACAACAGUUGCCACAACAAGUGCCCUGGUGCCAGGCCUCUACAACCAAGUAAAGUACCUGCUGGCCCGCAAGGCUGAUCCAACCAUCUGUGACGUCAACGGCAUGGACUCUUUGCACCAUCUUGCUAGUUGCAGUAUAAAGAAAACCAAUGUGUUUUACUAUCAGUCUGAGGAGAAUAAAGAGGUUGACGAGGAGAAGAUGUCACUGACAGUGAAGAUUGCUCAGUUACUGUUGGAUGCAGGCUGUGACCCCACUGCAGAGACGGCUGACGGUAAAACAGCACUCAUGUUGGCCAUUGAAAAGCUGAAUAUUGGCCUGGUGAAGUUGCUGGUGGACAAUGGGGCUACCGUGACCUCACACAAGUCUGACAGUGGCAAGACUAUACUCCACAGCAUGGCAGACCUGUGCAUGGACGCUGAUAUGGGCUCCAUACUCAGAAUCCUUGUUAAUAAGACUCGGCAUGCCUCAACAAAGGAAUCUAAAAGUAAGUCAAAAAAGAUGAUAGUGGAAAAUGGGGACAAUGGAGUGGACGAGAAGCAAGAUGCCAUGGAAGUGGACAGUGCGGAAAGGACUGGAGAUAAAGCAGGAGAGCCUGGGGACAAGCCUGAUGAGAUAGAGAAGAUGGAAGUGGACAAGCCCAAGGAGAAUGGGUCUGGGGACACAGAAAAUGAUGCAGUGGUCAAUGGUAAAGAAAAGGGUAAGAAGCCCCCUCGCCUGCAGAAGAUGGUUUCCAUACCGGCCCAGGACGUUAUCUGGCAAACCAUGGCUACAGAGGUGGACAACGAGGGCUACACGCCACUCUUGUGGGCUUGCAAGGUGUACAGGAAAUACAAAAAAAUGAGUCAGUCUGACGAGGCAGUGAAGACAGGCAGUUGUCACGGACGCAGCUUCUUGGCUGCGCUGAUAGACGUGACUGGUGCGGAUGUUUCGGCCACUGUGAAGGAGAAGACAUUCCCAGAUGAGGCACCUGCUGUGGAGAAAGAGCGAUAUACCAUAGAUGGUAAGUGCUCUCCCCUGCACCUGCUGCUGCAUGUAGGUCACGAGGUCGCGGCGGAGUUAGACUGCGCCGGUCUCAAGAUCUUGUGUAAGCAUGGGCCCAACACAGAGCACCAAAACAUGGACAACAAAACACCUCUAGUGAUCGCUGUUGAGGAUAGGAACAAGACUGCUCUCGAUGUCUUGAUUGCGUGUGGAGCCAAUGUGAAUGUGACUUAUGGCAACACAGUGGCAGGUCUUUCCACCCCGUUGCACAAGGCUGUAGAGAUUGGAGACGUUUCAAUUGUGGAGAGUCUGAUCAAGGCUGGGGCUGAUGUGAAUGCUGUGAACACAAAGACAGGUCUCCAGCCCCUCCAAGUGGCCGUCCACUACAGGGGUUCUGAUGGUCAUGUUAUUGAAGUAGUGCGGCUAUUGAUUGAUGCUGGUGCUGACGUGAAUGCAGGAAAGUUUUCAGCACUUCAUUCUGCUGUACUUGCAAACCUUGGAACUACAAAUGCCAGCACAGAGCUUGAGGAAUACCUGAUAUCACGAGGCGCCAAUGUGUUUGCCAAGGACGAGAAACAGAGGUUGCCUUUGCAUUACGCCUUCAUCACGCAGUCAGACCCAGAGAGUGUGAGUCGCCUGGACCCUAUAGAGCUGUGCAGUGUUCUUACAGACGCUAUGAACAACAAGGAGUUGGAUGCACGAGACGAACAGGGUCGCUCCCCUCUACACCUGGCGGCCAUGCGGGGGGCUACCAUCUCCUGUGUGCACCUGCUCCAGAGGAAUGUUCCUCUGUUGAGCACUGACAAGGAUGGCCACACUGCAUUGUCUCUGGCUGUCAAGUAUAAACAUGACAGUUGUGCAAUAGUGUUGCUGCAGAAGGGAGCCAAGGUUGACAGCGUUAUUGUCAUCCCUGCCCCUGAGCAGAGGGAUCUGUGCCAAUACCACACCAUGGAGGGGGGUCAGAAACUGCCGGUGUGGUCUUGGUUACCCACCAAGGGGGUGCAUGCACCUGACAAAGAGACCGUCUUUGAUAUCUAUGAGACUGCCUUGUCUGGAGAACUUCAGGGUGUCGCCCACAUGGUACUGGACAGCAUCGGACUCAAUGGGAAAGCAGUGGAGGCUGCAUUGCGGACCAACUCGUUCCACAUCGCCCUUCGUCACCUGAACCACAUGAAGGAGCGCAAUGCUGUGUCCAGCUAUAAGAACACUGACAAGCAAAACCUGCUGCACACACUGGCCCUCCAUACUAGUGGGAACACACAACUGCAGCUCAAGGUGGCCAAGGCGUUGGUAGAAAAAGGUGUCUCAAUGAAGAGUCAGGACAAGUACAAUAGAUAUCCUGUGGUGUAUGCAGCCCUCAAUCAUCAGCCUCUAGAACUCGUCAAAUACUUUGUCGAUGAGAGUACUGGUGCAGAUCUGAACCUGAAGGACGUGUUUGGAAGGACACUGAUGGUGGCGCUGUUCUGGGACCAGGAGCGUAUGACAGACUGUACCAAGGCUCACCAAGACCUCAAUUUAGGUGUACUGAAGCUUCUCCUAGACCAAGGUGUGAGCCUGGAGGUACCGUACAGCAUCAGCUACCCACUGGUGCCGCUGUUUGAUGUCACAAUGGCAGGUGUCCCCCUCGACUACAGCGCCCCAAUUGAGGGAACCAAAAUGACCCCCCUGGUGGCCACCUUGCACAGCGCCGACCUGGAGAUGGUGCGCUUCUUGCUGAAGAAUGGAGCCAGUGUCAACCAGCCCGACGAAGACGGUCUCACUCCCAUCAUGCACGCUGUCAGACUGAACGAGAAGAAGCUAGUAUGUAUCCUGUUGGAUUUCGACUACAAGGAGAAUAAAGGUGGUGAUGCCCAUGGCAGUAAACCCUCCUUGAAGAAGAAAGUAUCGUGUCGGGUGUUUGCAGUCAUGCCUGCAGGCAAAACUACCGUGGACCCUGAUGAUGACUUCCCCCCAAAGAUUGCAGAGGAUGAGGAUGAAGAUUACCCAGAUGCUAGUGACUGUGACAAUCAGGAUGUUGACGAAGAUGAGGGUGAUGACGAUGCAGGAAUGGCUGAGGAGGGUGCUAACGCUGAACUAGAGUCUGAUAGCGAUCAUGACACUGAUGUGGUUGAAGAUGAGGAGGAGGACGGAGAAGCGCAUCAUCUGCCUAUACCCCGGCUGGGAUCGAAGCAGUCAUCUCUUAGGAAACAGCCAACUAGUAUCGUUAUUAACGCAGAAGAUUUUGAGAAAGUAGAGAAGACCAGCAAUCUUAACCUGGACGCGCAGGACAAAGCAGGCUGGAGUGUGGUGCACCACCUUGUGUCGCCACUGGUGUAUGGUUCCUAUGACAACGAGGAGCUGCUCUACAUCCUCCACAAGGCUGGUGCCUCUAUCACCCUGGAGAACAAGCAUGGGGACACACCCCUCGCGCAGGCUAUCAAGUCUGGAGGCACGCCACGUUUGAGCAAGAGGCUACAGGAUAUACUCGGCAUAGAGGCAGAUAAGCUGGAAAGCACUAAGCAGAGUCCAUUCAAAUUACAAACAGAGCCUCCAAAACCAGGCAGCUCAUUUGAAGCAGACUCUGAGGAGAUGUUAAAAAAGAUUACACCAGCUCCUCCUGAGAAUGACAUCAAGAAAGCAGUGCCAAAAGUGGACAGCAAUUGUCUGGCAUCCACUGGGGGGGAAAUUGUGUUCGAUCAAGCGCAAGGGAUACCCUACGAUGUGGUUCUUUCAAAAAUCGAAAUUCACAGCUUCCUGUACGACACAUAUAACUUUUACAAAAUACAAAUCAUUCAUCACAAAGCCAAAAACAUCUUCAUACUGUUCACAAAGUGGGGUCGUAUUGGCACCACAGGCCAGUAUCAACAGACACCUUAUCAGAAACUUUCAGACGCAGUUGCCAGCUUCUGCCAGAUCUUCAAGUCCAAGACGGGAAACAAGUGGACAAACAUCAAAGAGUUCAGUAAGGUGGCCAAGAAAUACCACCUGGUGGCCAUGGACAGGCAGCCUCAACAAGCUCUCAGGGUCGACUUCAAACUGGAGUCCAGAAUUCCUUCCCAGCUCCCAGCCAGUGUUCAACUCCUUCUCAAUGAAAUGAUUGAUGUUGGCAUGAUGCAGGCAGCACUGAAGAAGGCUAACAUGGCGGAGGAGUACAUGCCUUUUGGCCGCAUCAAACGUGAGAUACUCAUAAAGGCCAGAAAGAUGCUUCAUCAGAUCGGAGAAUAUGUGCUAGAAAUCGACAAGAGAAAAUCAGUUCAGACAUUUGACAAAAGUGAAUAUCAUGACUUUUGUGUCAAGAUCUCUCAGCUGUCCACGGACUACUACAGCCUGAUCCCGGUGCAGGGGUACGCAUACGAGCGUGUGGAGCCCCUCCGGAACACGGCCACCAUAAGACAGCACAUGAGGCUCCUCAACACACUCCUAGAUAUCGAGACAGCUAGUCGCAUCAUGCUCGCAGCACAACAUCGCAUUCAUGAAAUCAAUCCAUUGGACUACAUCUAUCGUGCAAUCGGCUGCACAGUAGAACCUCUCAGGGAAGAAGAAAUAGAGUCACAGUAUAUCCUCAAGUACAUUGAAAGCUCAAACAAGACAGCGAAAGUGUUGUGCAUCUAUCGUGUGUCAAGGGCAGAUGAAGACCAGCGGGAGAAGUUCACAAAGCUGGGCAACCAUCGCCUGCUGUGGCACGGCAGCGCCACCUCCAACUUCAUUGGCAUACUCAGCAACGGUCUCCAGGUGGCCCCAUCUGAGGCCCCACUUACUGGUUCAGCAUUUGGGGAGGGAAUUUACACUGCUGAUGCCUUUGACAAAUGCUAUAGUUACUGCAGGAACUUCAGCCAAAACUCUAGUGUGAAAUGUGCACUGCUUUGUGAGGUUGCCCUAGGCAAUAUCAAGGAGGACGUGAUUGUGGACGAGCGGGUUGACCUCAUACACUCUGAGUACAACAGCCUCAAAAUAAUGGGACAGAAAGUGCCCGACCAGGCCUUCGAUGUCACCCUUCCAUAUGGUGCCGUCAUGCCAGUGGGGUGCCUAGAGAGGCAGGACAAGUGGAUCUCGCCCAAGGGGGAGGUGACUCGCUACAUGCCGUACAACGAGUACGUAGUACAGGACUCGGAGCAGAUCACACUCAGAUAUCUUGUGCAGUUUGUCAGCGAUUGAGGAUGGACACUGCGCCGAAAGCUUUUGACAUCAUGUUGGGACUGUGUGGAAAAUUGUGUCAUAUUUCAGGAUUUUCGUGGGGAGCUUUUGUUAUCUGUUAGGUCAUUUACCAUUUACUGUUCACGCUGAUAUGAGCACGCAGUAUUUGUGUUUGAGAAGGAUGUUCGUUUUAUUUUUGUGUACAUGUUGGUGGAUGUAAUAUUGUUUCAUACUAACAUCUUUUGUUGAAUUGAGAACAUUUUGGUUUCGUAGAAAAAUUAUUGAUUUACAAGCUUGUCCUUGGAUUGGAAAAUGGCAGUAUGGUAAAUUAAAUAUCAUUGUAUCAUUCAUUGGGUUCAUUUCCAGUCAACCAUUUAGGAGGACUUCAUAAUUUAAAACUUAAAUUUCAUUCUGCCCUAACUAAAAAUAUUGUAAGCUUGUUAAAUAAAACUUUUUUUUAAGGUCCAGCUCUUACUCCAACAACAUUAAAUGCAUGGUAAUGAAGUGCUGAAUUGUCUGUAACAAAGCUCUCAUUAAUCUGGCACUUAAUUGCUACUACAAAAUUGUGUUUUGUCUUUUAUAUGACAUUAAUCUCUAAAAUUUUAUAAAUCAUAAGUAGAAUGUUCUGCUUUAACAUUAAAUAACUAUAUGCCUGUACAUGUAUUCAAUGAGACAUAUACACAAUUUCUAUUGUUCUUUCUUGCUUAUUCUGUUUAAAUUGUUGUAUCUUUUUGUUAAUGAAUUUUUUGUUGCAUUAAUUUGGUAAGGUGUUAAAUGUUUUAGUGCUUGUUGUUCUGUAUUUUUUUGCAAUAGUAGGAACUUAAAUGAAAAUAUUGUUUGAUUUUAUUAAUUUUCUUGUGCUUUUGUCUUUGCUGUAUGUUGUUCAUCUAUUGAUCCUACAUCAGAUGUAUAGAACUUGGAUUUGGAGACAUUAUACAUGCUGUAAGGUAUCCAUUUUAAAACACUGGUUCUGGCUACAUCAGAUAUAUAUGGUGUUAAGAUUGCUUCUUACUUUAUUAGAUAAAUAUGGGGUCAACACAUGAAUGUUCUGUAUCAAAAUGGGAUUUCUUUGUCAAAUACAUGCAUAAUACCUGCCCCCCCCCCCCCCCCUCCCUUCCACACAGUAUCUAGAAAAUAACUAAGAUAAUAUAAAUUAGUAUGCUGAAGCAGGAUGACCCCUAAUGUUUUUAAAGCAAGUGAUGACUGCCGCAGUCUGGGCCAGGUGGGGCAUUAGGGGUGUCAUACAUGUUUUAUAAAUCUAUCUUAACUUUCAAACCUGGUCAUGUGUUCCCUUCUUACCUUCUUUAUGUUUUGGUCGUAAAUGGUGGGUCAUUUCUUUACUCUUUUUCAUCUUUUAUGGUAUUGAAGGGUUUUGUUUAUAUCAUAUAGCAUUUAACGUUUACUACAUGUAUACAGUGCUUUCCCCAGAACAGGGAUGGACAUCAGCAAGGGCCAACUGGCCAGUGGCCCCAGAAAAUGUAAAUGGAUUUAGAUAUUCUGAGAAAAGCUAUAAAGGGCUAAUAAGUUUCUAAUAUAAAGGAUUUUGUUCAGACGCCCUGAUCUAGGUUAUGGAGGAUUUGAGAGGUUUAAAUUUGAUUUUCUGCGAGUGUUUUGUAACCUUGACUUCAACCACAUAACAUUUAAAUAGGUUAGUUCUAUGAAUGUAUGAUUGAUAGAAUCAUUUUGCUUGUGCUUAAAGGCUGGGGAACCUGGUAAUCAUGUCACUAACUCAGGAUUUAUAUUUGAUGCAGCUGACAGUGUACUUUAGUAUGUUACAAUAGUUGCACAUUCAUUUAUGAUAAAUGUUCUAUCUUGUAAUGAAACUUCUUUAUUCUUAUCAUUAAUGCUAAUGAUAACCUUGCUACUCCCAUCUUGAAGACAGAUUUCGUCAACUAUUCGUUUGAUGGGCCAUUUGAAAGAGUGCUGAUAAUUUACAUAAACAUUUUAAUAAUGAUUAUUUUUCAUAUGAUUAACUUCAUUAAACAACAUCAAAAACGGCCGUUAUGUUCAUGUUAAGUGAGACCUUAUCAUUAUUAUGGAGGUUAUAUACUGAGCAGAUUUGUGUAAAAAUGUAUUUGGAGUCAGAGCAUUAUUAUUUCUAUCUUUUUAUAUUAAAGUAAUAAGUUACCAUUGAAGUACAUAGCAUCAGGCCUUUACACAUUCUGGUCGCAAUACAUUUGCUACAGGAAUUAUAUAUAUACCUAUGACAACAGUUUGUAGUUGGUGUUGUUCAUGAAAUUUAUUAUUUUAGUGGAAUUAAAUGUUUUAUGUUGUGCUAUAAACAAAGGUGUACAUUCAUCCUACCCUGACAUUAUUUUCCUACUACGGUAAAUUGCUUGCUUAAAAGGAACUUAAUGUGCUAAUAUUGACCCUUACAAUUUGAAAAAUCAUUACACAUCUGGGCAUAAGCAAAAGUAAUAUUUCCAAAAAUCAUGCUUUUUCGUUACACAAACUUUCAAUUUUACAAAAUGUGCUUCAAGGGGUUCUUACUUCUCUAAAAUUUGUAUGAGUGAAACAGCAGCUUAUGUGUAUAAAACGUUUUUGGAAUGCUUUUAGGUUUCAUAUACAAUAAGAAAAUACUGAUUGGUAAAGGAGCCAUGUGUCUUAACAUUAACAAAUUGGUGUCUUUGAAUGUAUGUUGACUUUUUGAUCAUACUUCUGAAAGUAUUGUUGGUAACAGUUUUAUGAACAGAAUGUUGUUUGAUUAAAGUAACGAAAUAAAAUUCAAGAUAUGCGUAUGGCUAAAGAGAUGUGCUAAUUUAGAACUCGCACCUUAAAAAGGUUAAUAUUGACAAUCUGUUGAUUGCACAGUGUACACACAAUUUCUUCUUUACAAAGCAAACAUUAACAAUUUGUUUUGUUUUAAACAAUAAUACAGAUGCAUGUUCUCCUUUAUGAAUUUAAAAUGAACUUUGUAAAGCUCAUUUGUAGAUUGAUAUCAUAAGCUUAUUGUGGUUUGUACACCAGAAUUGUGACAGAAACUUGGUAUCCGUAUAUUGUCAUGAAUUGUUUGUAUACAUUAACAUUUAGUAUUGCACUCAGAAUGAUUGUCACCAUCAGUUUCAUGGCAUGCAUUGUAAUAUUUUCAUUUCUGACAUUUCUCAUUAACUGUUUAUAGAUGGCCAAUCAUGUUGAGAGAUAUAGUUUUGAUAUAAAACACUGAAGUUGUAUUUUUUUUUGGCCCUUGAAAAAAAUUUAAUCAACAUUUUGAUAAAUGAUUUGUGGGGCAGUUGUGCUGCUAUAUAACAUUAAGAAUUAUUGUUUAAAAACGUUUUCAGAUUAAAUUGAAAUUGUAAUUCAGCUUUUUGGUGAGAUUAAUUAAAAUCAUACACGGUAUUUUGAACAUUGUAGUAAUUUUGCGUUUUAUAUAGUUUCAUGAUUUCAGAGUUAUAAUUUAGUAUUGUAAAUGUGACAUGAUCAAAUAAAUUUAGUAUACUUAUUAAAA